AUGGAAGUUGUCACCUAUCAUGUUGUUCAAGAACGAAGAAAUUGGAGGAAAGUAUACACAAAGGACUUUAAAAAGUACCCAUGGGAUCGGCAUAACGACACUCAUCUCCGAAAAAGUCAAUUCGACUCGAAAAGUUUGAAGUGUGAUUUGGACGAAUUCUAUGAGGACAACGAUAAAUUUCACCAUGAUGUUAAGGAUAUUUCAUCUGAAAUCCCAUUAAAAACUCCCCCAAAAUUCUAUAACUUUAUCGAUCAUCUUGUGGAGAAGCCGAGGAGAAAUUUGAAAAAGUUUCGAGAUAAUUAUGUGAUAAUUUAUUAA